ACGAACGCGACUAUUCCUUGCUCUUUACCCAUUCUUCGAGAUAGACCAUCAGUCUAUCCGCACUUACUUCGCGAAAUUAUGCCUCCCAAACGUGCAGCUAGCUCCAAACGCAAAGCCGAUGCUUCUGAGUCGGAAGACCACGAAGAGGGUGCCAGCUCAAAGGCUGGCACCAAAAAGACGAAAAAGGCCAAGGUUGACUCGAAACAGACAGUGGAGACUAGUUCCGUGCCAAGUGUGGCAGCGAACGGUCAACCAACGAACAAGGUUCUGCCAGUCACCAUUACUUUCCCUCCAAAGACAUCAGAUUCGGUACGGAUAGCUUCAUGGAAUAUUUGUGGUCUUGCUGCCAGUCAGAAGAAGGGAUUUAAAUACUACGUGGAAGCCGAGGAUCCCGACAUCCUGAUCUUGACCGAAACAAAAGUAAACGACGAACCUGUCGACCCGGCGCUCACGACCAGGUUUCCACACCGCUACUGGUCCAUUUCGUCUAAGAAGACCUACUCUGGCACUGCGGUCCUCUCCAAAGUGAAACCAUUGAACGUGGAUAAGACGCUUCCUGGACACCCGGAUCCUGAGUCCGUGAAGGGAAGGAUUAUCACCUUGGAAUUUGAGGGCUGCUAUGUCGUGGCGACGUAUGUUGUCAAUGCGGGGCAGGGUCUGAAGACUAUGGACGCGAAAAAGACAUGGAACAAACACUUCGAUGCGUAUAUACGCGAGCUCGACACAAAGAAACCAGUCAUCUGGGGAGGUGACCUAAACGUCGCACCAACCGCCCUCGAUCUUGCCAACCCGAAACCCAACUGGAACAAAACCCCAGGUUACACAGAAGAAGAGACAUCUGCCUACGCUCGCAUCCUGAAUGGACCGUCGCAUCCGGAUCCAUCGGAAGGUGCUAACAAGUUUGUCGAUGUGUGGAGACAGCGGAAUCCUGAGUUACGACAUUACACGUAUUGGGGAUACAGGUUCAAUGCUAGGCAAAAGGGCAUUGGCUGGCGAUUAGAUAUGUUUGUCCUCAGCGAACGAAUAGUAGACCGAGUCAAAAUGUGCGAGAUCAGGAGCGAUAUCUAUGGUGCAUCCGACCACUGUCCGCUCGUAUUGGAAGUCCAGGCGCCACUAUGAACGAGAUUCACUGCUUUUAUUCGUCUGCUAUCCGUAUCAUGUUUUGGUUCGCUUUCAGCACUGUACUAUAUU